AUGCUCGCCUCACAAAAAACUGGGACCGCAAAGCUCGAGCACAUCUCAAGCAUACUCGCCGACUUGAAAGCCGACCUCUCCGCCCCAAAAUUCUCCAUACAGCGUACGUCACCCUUUAGAGCGCCUCGUGUAGAUGCACAGCUCAUCACUCGAACAGAACGGCAGCAAUUGCUCGAACAGCUCAAGGUCUACGGUCGCUCCGUAGACAAUGCAGAUCCCAUAUUCACGCAAGAUGGAAUAAGGAUACUAGGACAAUGUGCGUUCGAGGGUGAGACGACUGCAGCGUCACAAGAGGCGCUACGAUGUCUAGCCAAUGCUCUGCUACUGGUACCACGGACGCGCCCGAUACUGGUGGAUCUUGGUCAUGGCAUGCAUGCUUCUGACAUGUUGAAGGGCGACAACAUCGACAACGAAUUCCUCCUCUCCCGGCUCCUCUUUCUCAUGACCUACGACACAACCCUCGACUACCCCCUGCUUGUCCAAUCCCACGGCCUCGCAACCAACAUAAAUGCUGCAAUCGCUCGACAUGCAGGCCGGUACACGCUACAGGCCCGUCAGCCAGCCCGAGAACACACGCAACCCAUGGACCUCAUGGCUCUUUCCGAGACACUCAAACUCUUAUUCAACAUUACUCAUUUCCACCCAGCCCUCAUCUCACACUUUUCGUCCUCGAUACCCCAUCUAUUCACAAUACUAAUGUGCAGAGGCGUCACCAAACCUCCCUUAGAAGCGCCAGCCAGCUUCAUCGUGAACGCACUGCUAAACUUAGAUCUGGACAACAGUAACCCCCAGUCCUCCACAGCAGCAGAAAUAAAGCCGGCAGAUGUCGCAAACCCAGUCUUUCCCUCCGCCUCUCCAACAGCCAACACGACACACCUCAUCAACCUCCUCUCCGCCUCUCUAACUUCCUACCCCGACACCGAACUCGACGCCACCGUUGCCCCUCUUCUCACACUCAUCCGCCGCAUCUAUGAAAUUGCCCCCGCAGACGUGAAAAAGAGCAUGGAGCAGCAAAUGCUCCCCACACCUGCAGAACGCGACAAGCCCCUAGGCAAAUCAGACACCCUCUCCUCACGCCUCCUCAACCUUACAACCAACGCACUCACGCCCACGCUACGCGGCAGCAUAUCGUCCAUGUUCUUUGAGCUCUCGCACAAGGACCCUGCCACCUUUGUCCAGAACGUGGGCUAUGGCUUUGCUUCUGGCUUUCUCAUGUCGAACAACAUCGCCAUGCCUGAUGAGGUCGCGCGCGCGCAUGAGGAGCAGCCGUCUGCGUCGGAUUCGCAGCGUGUUCCUUUUCCCGUGAAUCCGGUUACAGGACAGAGGCUGGAUAAGGAGGAGGUGAUGGAGCAGACGCCUAUGACGCACGAGGAGAAGGAGAGAGAGGCAGAGAGACUGUUUGUCCUGUUUGAGAGGCUGAAGGCGACGGGGGUCAUGGAUGUCGUGAAUCCGGUCGAACAGGCGUAUCGGGAGGGCAGGAUACAGGAGCUGAAUAAUGACGAGGAUGACGAUGACGAUUAG